AGGUAAAACACGUUAUCGAUUGUACAAGGAAGUUGCUCAAUUUCGGAAAUUACAGUUCUGUAUUACUGUAUCAUGAAAACCAAAAUCCAUUUUGGCACAUAGCUAUAUUCCAAGGGCUUUAAAGGAUGAAUAAACCAAUAACGUCAGAGACGUUUGUCCGGCACCUUAACCACGGCACGAUGCGCAAACUGUCUGACUUUCUGGACCCUCAAGACAGCUGGAAGACUGUUCUAGCGGAUAUCCAUAAACCAACAGGAGAACCGAGAUACAGUCAACUUCAUCUAAGGAGGUUUGAAGGCUUGGUGGCCAUGGGGAAGAGUCCCACCAUGGAGCUGCUCCAUGACUGGGGCACCACAAACUGCAGGGUGGGGGAGCUGGUGGACAUCUUAGUGAGAAACCAGCUCCUGGCCCCUGCAGCACUGCUGCUCCCAGACAGAAUUACAGUGAAUGAAGUGGUGCCUGAACUAAACCAAAAGCAGAACCUGGCUGUACGACUUCCUCCUCCUAGACUUGAGGAAACAGCUGUCCUGAGUAACCAGGUAACCGUUGCCCUGGGUAGGACAGAGGAGUCUCCACUUCCUGACAGCACCACAAAGCCAGUGGAGGAGGAGGGUCCUGUGGAGACAGGAUUCCACAUGUUUUUAUUUCACGAGCUGAUGGAGGUGACGGGGAACUUCGAUGAGUGCCCAGCGCCAGAGGGCGGGCACAGACUGGGUGAGGGCGGAUUCGGAGUGGUGUACAAGGGCUGCUUCAAUGGAAGACCAAUAGCAGUAAAGAAGCUCAGCUCGAUGGAUGACAUCUCCCCUCAUGAGCUGAAAAUACAGUUUCAUCAGGAGAUACAAACUCUAAAGACCCUGAAGCAUGAGAAUCUGGUUGAAAUGGUGGGCUUUUCCUCUGAUGGGGACCAACCCUGCUUGGUCUAUGCUUACAUGUCUAACGGCUCACUGCUUGAUAGACUGGCUUGCCUGGGAGGGAGUGCUCCUCUGUCCUGGCACAGGAGGUGUCUGAUUGCUGCAGGCACAGCGAGAGGCCUGGAAUACCUGCACCUGAAUCACCACAUACACAGAGACAUCAAGAGUGGAAACAUCUUGCUGGACGACACGUUCGUGCCGAAGAUCUCCGACUUUGGGCUGACGCGCGCCUCAGCCAAGCGCUCACUGUCGACGGUGAUGACGGAGAAGAUCGUGGGCACGGCGGCGUACAUGGCCCCCGAGGCCCUGCGGGGCGAGAUCACCCCCAAAUCAGACAUCUUCAGCUACGGCGUGGUGCUGUUAGAAGUGCUGUCUGGCCUCCCACCAGUAGAUGAUAACCGUGACCCACAGUUCCUGAUGGAAAUGAAGGACGAGAUUGAGGACGAGGAGAUGACUCUGGAGCAGUUUGUGGACAAGCGGAUGGGAGACCGGGACCAGCUGGGGGUGGAGAAGACCUUCGAGCUGGCCAAGCGCUGUCUCCUCGAGAGGAAGAGCCGACGGCCGGAGAUCAAAGAGGUCCUGGAUCAGCUGGAGGACAUCCUCUCGACCGCCUCACUGGGGUGACUGAACAGCAGCAGAGCCUGAGAGACAUGGAGAGCAUCUGCUCUGUUGAGAAUGGGGGGUUCAUCAGUGAUGGUUACUGACUGAAAUAUUUUUGUGUACUCCAAACAGUAUUUUUUACAUUAAAGACUGUA